CCAAAAAGCCGGAGCGCGGCACUUGAGACAUCCAGAUGUUGCGUUUGAGGCACCGAGCGAAGUCAGGACUACAACUGUUUCCACGCUGAAACAAACUUUCAUACAUUGCUUUUAAUGAUGGAUGUUGACAGGCUCGAUUAGAGGAAGCAAAUCGAGGCUUGUUUGAACAUUUUCACGCCACUUUUUAUCUGUUUGGACAAAGAGGAGACUGAGGAGGACGUGAAAGCAUCGGAGCCUCAUCUUAACUGCGCAGUUUGGACGUUUAAACCUGAUUGAAAUGUUUGUGUUUCUACGCCGGGUUGGAGUUAAAUAGUCCACCAAGGUGACUCUGUCGCUGAAAUCACGUUAAAAGUUUAUUUUUAUUAUUUUAUAUACAUAUAUUUGUGUGCUGGGGCAAGUGGACACCAUGGCUUUCCUUCACUUGCUCCUGUGUGCCGGGAUGUUAUCACUGCCGAUGUGCGGAGCCUUCUUCCGCGGACCGUUGCAACCGGAGAUGUCUAACGGCACCUUUCAUCACUACUUCGUGCCGGACGGAGACUACGAGGACAACGACGACCCGGAGAAGUGCCAGAUGCUUUUCAAAAUGACCGACGACCGAAAGUGCGGUCUCGACGAGGACCAGGACGCCGUCAUACGGGAUGAUUUCACCAUCAUCAAGAGGCAGAUCGAGGACUCGGCCAGGGUGCUGGAGGGGAUCGGGAAAAGCAUCUCGUACGACCUGGACGGAGAGGACAGCUACGGGAAGUACUUGCGGAGGGAGACGGGGCAGAUCAGCGAGGCGUUUACAAACUCGGAGAAGUCUCUGCUGGAGCUGGAGGUGAAAUUCAAGCAGAGCCAGGAGAGCGAGCUGAAAGAGGAGCACCGGCUCAGCGACGACUUUCUCAACAUGGUCGUGCACACACGGGACGUCCUGAAGGACACGCUGGACAUUUCUCUGGGACUGAAGGACAAGCACGAGCUCCUGUCUCUGAUCAUCCGCAGCCACGGCACGAGACUGAGCAGGCUGAAGAACGAAUACAUGAAGUUCUGAGAGAAAGUAGUCCCUGCGCGUCUCAUUACAGUACUAUUUUUAUUUUUCUAUGGUGGAGUGUGUGGCCACAAGGCUGGGGUGAGACAAUGAGCAAACAUAUCAGGGAUAAAAACUUAACUUUAAAGGGUCAGUUCACAUAAAACACACACACACACACACACACACACACACACACACACACACACACACACACACAUUCUCUCCUUUAACUCUAGAGCAGUGAUUCCCAACCUGAGUUCACUUUAAUGGAUCCAAAUACAGGAGGUCAACUGUGUUGGGACUUUUGAAAUGUAAUGAGUUACAGAUUACUAGUUACCCUGUUAAAAAUGCAGUAUGUAAUUUAUUUCAUCAAAGUAAUAUAACAUAUUACCUUUGAUUAGUUUUAGAAUACUUUUCUAACAAAUCAUCCCCGGGCAAUAAAUCUGAAAAAUGUCCAGAAACAGGCUCAUUUCUGGUUUAACUCUUGAGCAGUGGUUCCCAACCUGAGUUCACUCCAAUGGGUCAAAAUAAAGGAGGUUACUUUUGAAAUGUAAUGAGUUACAGAUUACUAGUUACCCUUUAAAAUGUGGUAUGUAAUGUACCUAUUUUAAUCACUUCUUUAAAGUAUUAUAAUUUAUUAUCUUGGAUUAGUUUUGAUUAGUUUUCUACCAAGUGUUUUAAACUGGGCAGUAAAGCUGACAAAUGUUCAGAUGAUAUUUCUGUGCAGUGAAAUGAUGCAAAGCAACAGAAUAAAUGUCAUAACAUGCACGCUUUUAGAUGGAACGCCUUUGUUAUCACCAACAUUUUGAUCAGUGAGUCUAAUUUAAUUAUUUUUUUCUCAGUAUCUGUAACUUAUCACAAUUACAUUUAUAUUUAAAUUGAAUUACAUAAUUCCGUUAUAUGUAACUAGUUACUCCCCAACACUGGAGGUCAAUGGGACAGGAAAGAACAAAACACAUUUUCUCGCUUAACUCUAGAGCUUUCCCAACCUGAGUUCACUCCAAUGGGUCAAAAAACAGGAGGUUAAUUGUGUUGGGAAGGUUACCUUUGAAAUGUAAUGAGUUACAGAGUAACCCUGUUAAAAAUGUAAUAAUUAAGUCAUUACUUUUUUUUUUAGAUUACUUCACAAGUGUUUUAAACUGGGCAAUAAAGCUGAAAAAUGUCCAGAAGACAUUACUGCGCAGCAAAACGAUGCAAAGCAAUUGUAUUUUCAUCCCAUUUUCUCAGUAUCUGUAACUUAUUACAAUUUCAUUUUAUGUUUUAACACAAUUGGGUAACUCCGUUAUAUGUCACUAGUUACUGGAAGUUAAUGGGACAGAAAAGAACAAACACAUUUUCUCAUUAAAUUAGAGAGCAGUGGUGAGUUCACUCCAAUGGGUCAAAAUACACAAGGUUAACUGUGUUGGGGAGGUUACUUCUUAAAUGUAAGGAGUUACAGAUUACUAGUUACCCUGUUGAAAAUGUAGUAUGUAAUGGACCUAUUUUACUUACUUCUUCAAAGUUAUAUAAUUUAUUACCUUUGAUUCGAUAACCUUUCUAACAAACGUUUUUAACUGGGCAAGAAAGCUGAGAAAUGUCCAGAACCAAGAAGAAUAUAUUCGGAUAUAAUUCCUCUGUAAUCAACUUUUUUAAUAAGUUACUGUAAUUUAAUUCAAUUUUUCUCAGUAUAUGUAACUCAGUAAAUUCAUAUUGUAAUUUAAUAACGUAACUCUGUUACAUGCAACUAGUUACCCCCAGCACUGGAGGUUAAUGGGACAGGAAAGAUGAAAAACUAAAUUUUUGUGACUUUUCUACCAUCUCUCCUUUUCUCUUGGCAAAUACUCAACGGAUUCUUCUUUGUUGCUGAUAAUUAUUAACAUUAAACCAUCUGAACAAAUCUUAAGUGCUAUAUCGUAGGCAACUGGACUUGCUUGAGAUUCUUGAAGACGUUUUACCUCUCAUCCAAGCUCUUCUUCAGUUCUGAAGACCUGGAUUACUGAGAAUCUUCACCAACAAUCAGAGCAAAUAGUCAGGAAAAUCUUUCAUAGUCGUUCACUGGCCACAACUCAUAGUCACAAGUGACCUAUGACGAGCAGUACGCACUGCUGCAGUAAAGGGUCAGACACAAAAAAUGUUUGGGGACUGCUGCUCGAGAGGUAUGUAGCCAUGCAGAUCACUCCAACAGGUCAAAAUAUUUCUGAGGUCACCAGAUGGAUAAUGGGAUAGGAAUUUUGCUUUGCUUUUCUUCUUGUAAAAUACUCCACAGACCAUUUUUGUUGCUGAUAAUUAUUCAGAUUAAACUAUCUUAGUGGUUAGUAAGGAUAGCACAAGCCAGUGAUUCCCAACCAGGGGUACUUGUAUCUUAGGAGGUACUUAUGUAGUUACCAGGGGGUACGUGGAAAUAUUGACAAUGUUUAAAUAACAGUUUGAUUAGAAAAUAACUGAUGUGUCGAGUUAGUAGUUCCUUGAACACUGUGUAGCAAAUGAGUUAGCAAAAAGUAGUUCGCAAGGGAGCAGAGAAAUCUGAAAUGUUACCUAAAAGUAGGGGAUAAAUAUUCAAAAAUUAGCUAAAAGUAGCCUAAUGUACAUGCAGUUCAAACAGUUAGCUAAAUGACUGAACGAGUUAGGUAAAAAUAAUGAAUAUGCUGCUGAAAUAUGAGCUAAAAGUAACAGCUUAAUGGUUGAAAAAGCUUUAGUUCAGCUUCUGCCACUGGUAGAACAAAUGCAAACUUGACCAAACCAAACUAAACAUUGACAGCUUAAUUGUAUGACAGUAGUGUAAUAAUAUAUGAAAAAAAUGUAGGAAAAAAUAUUGUCACAAGUGUUAAAUAAUACCCAGUUAGUGAUAAAUUCAAACUAACACGUGGAAUCCGAUGGUUGAUGCUGAUGAUGGGGUACUUGACUUGCAAGGGUGCAUCUUAAGAAAAGCUUGGGAACAACUGGCAUGUGCGACCUGUAAUGAGAAAGGGUCGGAAACAUAAAAGUUUGGGAACCACCUUUUCCGAGGUUUGUAGCCACACAGAUAGUUUGGUUGAAUUAUGUUUCGUGACAUCUGUCUCCCAAGCUGGCAAAAAGAGGGAACUACCCCAAGUGUCCCAGACCCCCAGGGGCCCCAAAAGCCCUGUGUGUCAGCUGUGUUUUGGUACAGUAAUUUGGCUAUUUGCAAAUUCUGUUUCCAGUUUUCACAACUUAUGAGAGAAACAAACAGUGUUCCAUUAACAUCCAUUACAUUCAUGGCAUAAAUCUCAGUUGGGGAUGAAAAACCAAACCUAUCUCAGUUGCUUGGAACUGCUAGUGUUAAGUAAGACAAUGUGUUUUGGGCAAAUAAGGAGUGGGCAAUAUAUAUAAAAUCCUCUUUAACAGUAUACGCAAUUUAAUAUGACAUUAUUGUGAAACAUUUUCUGUAAAAAAGCCAAUUGAGAAAUCGUUAACGGAUAAAAUAACCAGAGAGGAAUGUGUGUAUCUGGCUGACCCAGCAAACUAAAUACCUAAGAAGUCUAAGUGCUUCAUCAUAUUGAUGCAAAAGAUCAUAUAAAAAUCCAAUAUUGCCAUAAAGUGGUCCCGCUUGGUGAUUUGCAAUGCACACAGGGAUAUUAAAGAGCUGUAGAGGUUUAAACAGCAUGGCAAAACCUUGAGACAAAUAUAUAUCAUCUGACUGUAAAUUGUCAUAUUGCCCACUCCUAGAGGCCAUUAUAAUGGUCAUUACACGCCAUAAAAACACACAAUAGUAGGUGAGUCACUUUAUUCAAAACUGGCUGAAUACAAAUUACAUAUUGUCCAAUAAAAAGUCUAAAAUAUGGCCCUAGUGUUAGUUGAACGUUAUCUGUCCGUCAGUCAAUAUGCCUCUUUUCUAGGUGUAAGGUCAUUUGUGAUAAGUGCAUCGAAUUUACCUUUGUGCGAGUGUGUGUAUAAGUGUGUGUAAGUGUACGCGUGUGUUAAACAACGGCUUCAAACAUGAGUCAGCCAAUCAAAAAAAGAGAACAGGAACUAUCAGUUUUCAAAACUCUAGUACUGUAGUCAGAUGAAGGGUUUUCCAAAAACUCAUUCAGUCCUCUGUGGCCAGAAAAAACAGUAAGAAGUGAGCUUUGGAGUGACUCGUGAGGAUUAAGGAAACGUUUGGACACGUUGGACAGCCUAUGUGUCCAUCAUGUCUUUUAUUUUGACCCAAAAGCUGGAUAAGUGAUUUUUGGAUAACUCUUCAUACGGCAGUAAAGCAGGGGUGGACCUCAUGUUGUAGCCUGGUUGAAAGCUCCAAACGAGCAGCCAUUAUUGUUGCUCUCCUCUGACACUCCUGAUGAAUGUUUCUAAGAAUAUCAAAGAAUGUUUACAUAUGGACACGUAUGUUGUAUUUUUUGCUUUACAGGCUAGCAGACUUUGCACAAUUCUUUACUUUCCUGGUGCUAAAGGUUGUGACACAGUUUAAAAUGCAAGGCCUUGACUGUGCUGUUGUGCACAGGCAGUAUAAUCAUGGAAAAUGUACAGUGUAUUAUUAUUAGAAGUAAGUAAAUACUGUGAGUGCCAAUAUCUUUAUUACAAAACACCCUAAUAUGUAUUCAUUGUUUAUAUAAAGUUUUGGAAAUAGAGCUGCAUAUAUCUAUUCUUGUUUACCUUUUUAUUAAGAUAUGUGGUGAGAUGUAAUACAUUGACGGAAAAGACUGCAGGCAGCACUUGUGGACUUCAGUGUCAAACACUAAUCUGUGUGACGAUAUUCUUAACGGAUUGUGUUGUGUCUUCGUAAAUAAAAAGUUUGUGUUUGAAGUAAA